AUGGCAGCAACUACGCGCGCGAGAACUGGCAACUCUAAGCCCCGUCUUGUUCAGCAGAUUGAGAACGCAAUCGCGCCUACAAAACGCAGCACGACCACCAAGGCCAACACAUCGAAGCCCCGCACCAGCAAAGUAGCUUCUGGCCGCGUUACUAAACCCAAGGCUACCAGCAGCACAACUACUACCAAGAAGACUACUACGGCCAAGAAACCUGCUGCUGCGCCAAAGAAGACUACGGGUGCGAACGUGAAGACUGUCAAGAAGCCGAGGACAAAGACCGAGAAAAUUGUGGAUAAGAUUGUUGGAAAGGCGGAGCACAUCGUUGGUGAUGUUGAAGGCAAGCCAGGAAAGAAGGCCGCAGGUACCGCCAAAGCACGAGGCACAGAUUCGACUACCAAGCGUGCCGCACCGCGAACUCGAGGCGUCAAGGCCUGA